AUGAUCUGCGAGUCCCGCUCCCCGGCCUUUGUGGUCGCCCUCGGGAUCAGGAGACGCUUCAUCGUCCUCCCAUUCCCCGAAAUGUAGAAAUAUCUGUUUUGAAGUUGAGUUCGAUGGUUCGAUCUUUGUGGGCCGAUGAUGCUUUAGCCGGAGGACAUCCACUUUAUCUUUUACCCCCCCCCCCCCCCCCCCCGAGAGGUUCAGAAUGCAACCUUCACGACUCCUGGUCCCCAGCCUCUUGCUCUCAUCCUUCUGGUGGCCACCAGCUCUGGCACCUGCUUGCACCGCAGACCCUCGGUGAGCAGCUCCCUAACCUUUUCUGCCGUAUCUUCAUUGUCCUCAUAAGGUAGGCCUGUUACUAUUGUAGAUACGUAUGGGUCAAACUGUUUAGUUGGGUUAUUUUUGGGUUGUUACAUUUUUUGUCCUCUAUACUGUCCAUUCUUGAACACAGGAGCACCAUAUCCAGGUCAAUAUCUUCAUGGAUUUAUUUGGCUUUCUGCUCCAAAUCGGUUUUCAUGAGAUUUUGAUUUUCUAUGACCAGCUUCUCCAUGUUGUCACGAACGCUGUCGACCUUGCUGUUUAUUUGCUUUUCAAGAGUCAUUUGCAUUGUGUCCAUUUUCGCAUUGAGCAACUUCAAUUCUUUCAUUAUACCGUCAGUGUCGUUUUUGUGGAAGCGAGUCUCCAUCCAGGUUAUUUUCCGCCAUACCCGUAGCGCAGCAGACUUCUCGCAUAUGGUUAAGAUAGCCUACUGAUUUUAGAGUAAUGAAAGUAACUUUAGUAAGUUUAAAACAACAUAUUUACAUGUUGUUUUCAAAGUUAUGUCUCAGUUUGCUCCACGCUGUUCACCAAUCGCAAGUCCAGCCAGUCUAUCUACAAAAUACACAAGAGCUACUGUGUGUGCAGGCCUUUGCUCCAGGCCAGCAUGCACACAACAGAUUAAUCUUAUCAAUGGCUUAAUGAUUAGCAUAAUUGUUUAGAAAAGAACCAGCCUGGUCUCGCGAUAGCUCACAUUCUGUUUCAUUUGAAACCAAAAGUGAGCACAGCGUUCAGUCUGCUUGACCAGGUUGCUAUUUUAGUUAUUUUCAACAGUAUACAGUGAGGGAAAAAAGUAUUUGAUCCCCUGCUGAUUUUGUACGUUUGCCCACUGACAAAGACAUGAUCAGUCUAUAAUUUUAAUGGUAGGUUUAUUUGAACAGUGAGAGACAGAAUAACAACAAAAAAAUCCAGAAAAAUGCAUGUCAAAAAUGUUAUAAAUUGAUUAGCAUUUUAAUGAGGGAAAUAAGUAUUUGACCCCUCUGCAAAACAUGACUUAGUACUUGGUGGCAAAACGCUUGUUGGCAAUCACAGAGGUCAGACGUUUCUUGUAGUUGGCCACCACUAAUCUCAACUGGUUACCUGUAUAAAAGACACCUGGGAGCCAGAAAUCUUUCUGAUUGAGAGGGGGUCUUAUACUUACUUCCCUCAUUAAAAUGCAAAUCAAUUGAUAAUAUUUUUGACAUGCGUUUUUCUGGAUUUUUUUGUUGUUAUUCUGUCUCUCACUGUUCAAAUAUACCUACCAUUAAAAUUAUAGACUGAUCAUUUCUUUGUCAGUGGGCAAACGUACAAAAUCAGCAGGGGAUCAAAUACUUUUUUCCCUCACUGUAAAUUUAAAGGCAAUAUUCCCGCGUUAACGGAGACUGCAUUCACGGUAAAGCUGCAUACACUGAGUGUACAAAACAUUAAGAAUACCUGCUCUUUCUAUGACAGACUGAGCAGGUGAAUCCAGGUGAAAGCUAUGAUCCCUUAUUGAUGCCACUUGUUAAAUCCACUUCAAUCAGUGUAGAUGAAGGGGAGGAGACAGGUAAAAUAAGGAUUUUUAAGCCUUGAGACAAUUGAGACAUGGAUUGUGUAUGUGUGCCAUUCAGAGAGUGAAUGGGCAAGACAAAAUAUUUAAGUGCCUUUGAACAGGGUAUGUUGUAGUUGCCAGGCGCACCGGUUUGAGUGUAUCAAGAACUGCAACGCUGCUGGGUUUUUCACGCUCAACAGUGUGUAUCAAGAAUGGUCCACCACCCAACGGACAUUCAGCCAACUUGACACAACUGUGGGAAGCAUUGGAGUCAACAUGGUCCAGCAUCCCUGUGGACACACUUAACACCUUACAGAGUCCAUGACCCAACAAAUUGAGGCUGUUCUGAAGGCAUAAGGGUGUGCAACUCAAUAUUAGGAAGGUGUUCCUAAUGUUUAUACACUCAGUGUGUCGGCUCAAUCGACUAUGUACAUAUGUCCUUUCUAUUAUGACCAGAUGGUGACAGCCUCUUUACCAGUGUGUCAUUGCUCCCUCUGUCCUGUAGGUGGCAGAGAACUGCACAAGCCUGGGUUCCAAGAAGGCUCUGUGUGUGACAGGAGACGUGCCAGGCCUCAGACCCAGAGAGAGUGGUGAGGAUGGCUGGGUAAGGACUCAUCACUUAGAUUAACUUAAGUCAUUGUCUGUAUUAAUAAGGCACAUUAGUUGACAUUUUCCGACUGUCUUUUUGUUCUGCAGGAUGUCUUGACAUCCUGGUUUUGAAUCACAUUGGACCCACCCCAUUCGCCAUUUGGAAUGGAGACGUUGAGCACGUCAGGGAACUGAUGCAGGUACACUUUGUUUUUUUUCUCCUUCAUAUUAGGCUAUACUUAGCCUUGCAUCUAGCCAAGUGAGACAAGGCUAUGCUAUAGUAGUUUUUAAUGUGUUGUUGUUUUCCAAAGGUGAAUUUCCUCAGCUUCGUGAACAUGGCUUCUGCAGCUUUGCCAAUGCUGGAGCAGAGUGCAGGGUCUAUGAUCGUAGUAGCCUCUCUGUUGGGUGAGUACACAACACACAGUCUUAUACAAAUACAGUCUUAUACAGAUGCAGUUUUAUACUGAUGCAAACUUCACUAGUACUCCUUCUACUGUAUUUUUAGAGGGGAAUAAAACCAAGAUCUGUCCUUCUGUCUGAAGUCCUCAGACAAGCACUGUUGAUACUGUGUGAACUCACCACCUGUCUCUCCACCCUGUCUCUCCACCCUUUCUCUCCACCCUGUCUCUCCACCCUGUCUCUCCACCCUUUCUCUCCACCCUGUCUCUCCACCCUGUCUCUCCACCCUUUCUCUCCACCCUGUCUCUCCACCCUUUCUCUCCACCCUUUCUCUCCACCCUGUCUCUCCACCCUGUCUCUCCACCCUGUCUCUCCACCCUGUCUCUCCACCCUGUCUCUCCACCCUGUCUCUCCACCCUGUCUCUCCCUCUCUCCCCCACAGGUAAGAUGACUACUCCAUGGAGCCCUAUGCGGCCAACAAGUUUGCAGUGAACCGUUUCUUUGGCACCAUGCAGCAUGAGCUAGCCAUGCAGGGCAGCAACGUGUCUCUGACCAUCACCACCUUGGAGAAAAUCAGGUCAGUCACACAAUCCAUUUACUGUUCUUUUUUUCAACAAUAGAUUUGUAAUAUGUGUUCUAGAGCUUUUGUCUUUUCCUACCGAAUAAAUGGCAUUAUGACUGGGUAGUGUGCGUGGUUGUGCUGGUGAUGUUGAAUGACUGGCCAUGUAAAAUAAACAUUUUCAAGCGUCACCAUGUCUUUACAUGAAUGAGUUGUAUUGACUGCUUGUGUAAUGGUAGUUGGAUAUUUAUGAAGGUACAAUAGCUGCUACAUUUAUAGUAGGCCUUAGAUAAAGUAUAAUGAAGUAGGAAACAUUACAGUAGGUAUCAUGUAGGUCUUAUCAAGGUGUCCUUAUUCUAUUAUUUAACCUUUAUUAAACCAGGAAGUUGUAUUGAGAUUAAACCUGAUCAAAACAUUUGAACACAUCCUGCAUGUAGCAUGUAUUACCGUACCUUUAAUGUCUUUCCCUGCAGCAUAUCUUUAAUUUCCCAUGUACUAUACCACCUACAGAGGCCACACCAAUAUGACGGCCUACCCAGCCAGCGAUGCUGCCCUCCACCUCAUCACCCACCAGAAGAAGUAA